UAACUCUUCAGCAAACCGGUGAAAAAAACAACAAACUACAUUUUGACGACUGUAUGGCCACCAGAAUCGACGGCGAUCGCUCCCGAAUUAGCGCCUUCAAACCGACCGGAAUACCGAAUUGCUCACUCUCUAUCCGAAUCCGCUGCCCUCGCUCCAAUCCGGGUUUUUAAAAGUCUGGACACCAUGGAUGAUGUAAUUGAUUUAACUGGCGAUGGAGGUGUUGUUAAGAAGAUCAUAACUCGAGCCAAAGCUGGUGCAGUUGCCCCUUCUGAGGACCUUCCUAUGGUUGAUGUUCAUUAUGAAGGCACUCUUGCUGAAACUGGUGAGGUUUUUGAUACUACACGUGAAGAUAACUCUAUUUUCUCCUUUGAGCUUGGAAAGGGCACAGUUAUUCAAGCUUGGGACAUUGCUUUAAGAACUAUGAAGGUUGGUGAAGUAGCAAAAAUAACUUGCAAGCCAGAGUAUGCCUAUGGUACUGCAGGCUCUCCACCUGAUAUCCCAGCUAAUGCUACCCUUAUCUUCGAGGUGGAGUUACUGUCCUGCAGGCCAAGAAAAGGUUUGAGUCUUGGCAGUGCUUCAGAGGAGAGAGCCAGGCUAGAAGAGCUGAAGAAGCAGAGGGAACUUGCUGCAGCUGGGAAGGAAGAAGAGAAAAAGAAGAGAGAAGAAGCAAAAGCUGCUGCGGCUGCCCGUAUUCAAGCCAAGUUAGAUGCCAAGAAAGGUCAAGGAAAAGGGAAGGGCAAAGCCAAAUAGUUGCUUAUCAUACAUUAAUAGAAGCAUAACAUUUUGAUUUCAGUUGUAAUAUAAAAAUAAAUCAUUACAAAACUUGUUAGGUGCUUGUAUAAACAUCAGGCAAUAAGUUAUUACAGCCCUUCUAGAAAUAAGUUAAUCAAGUAGACCUUUCAUUCUGCUCA